CAUUAUCGUCAAACCAUCGUUCAUGUCUAGAUUUUCGCAACUUUCUCAAUAAACAGCGCUGGUCGUUGUCGCUGACUUUCAUUCUACACGGCAGCGAGCAUCAUGGCCGGCCCGAUAUAUCAUACCAUGGCGUUGCGAGAUGACGGCAGCCUAUCUCCAGCCGAUCAGUUCUUGCGCUUGAUUCAGAAUCCAUUCAAAGAAGCCAUCCAACUUAAUGCCUUUUGGGUUUCCCUCGCUACCUCCCUCGGUAUAUCCGCUUUACUCGCUCUUCUAUUUUCCUUAUUUCGACCGUACCACAACGCCAUUUAUGCCCCCAAAGUCAAACAUGCCGACCAGAAACACGCCCCUCCGCCAGUUGGCAAAGGAGUCUUUGCCUGGGUCCCGCCGGUGUUGAGUGUCAAAGAACAAGAUCUGGCAGACCGAAUUGGCUUGGAUGCCGUCAUAUUUCUACGUUGCGCCAAAGUGAUGCGAAAUAUAUUUUUAGUGUUGAGUGUCAUUGGCUGCGGUAUUCUCAUUGCUGUGAAUAUUACGCAGAGCAAUGGAUCUGCUGUUCCGGGAACGUCGGCAUUCACACUCAUGACGCCGCUGUAUAUUCUCACCGAUGCCGUUUGGGCCCAGGUUGUCUGCGCAUAUAUUUUUGAUAUUGUCAUCAUGUUCUUUUUGUGGAAGAAUUAUAGACAUAUUGUGGCGUUGCGGAGGCGCUAUUUUGAAAGCUCGGAUUAUCAGAUGAGUCUUCAUGCUAGGACUUUGAUGAUUACGAGUGUUCCACCAAACUUGCGUUCGGAAGAAGGGCUGAUGCGACUGACGGAUAAUGUCAAUCCGACUUCAUCAUUACCGCGAACCACCAUCGGACGAAAUGUGAAGGAUCUCCCCUCGCUGAUCAAGAAACACGACGAAGCAGUUAGAGAGCUGGAAUCGGUACUGGCAAAAUACCUGAAAAAUCCAGACCGUCUCCCUAUCAACAGGCCCACCAUGCGCGGAAAACUUAACGGCGAGAAAACAACAGGUAAAGUAGACGCGAUCGACUAUCUGACAGAUCGAAUUCAAGAAUUGGAGGCAAGGAUAAAAGAUGUUCGCCAAUCAGUUGAUAAGCGCAAUCCCAUGCCUUAUGGUUUCGCCAGCUGGGAAGCCAUCGAACACGCUCAUGCUGUUGCGUACACUGCGCGAAAGAAGAAACCUCAAGGCACAAUAAUCAGACUUGCCCCACGGCCGCACGACAUUAUUUGGGAGAAUCUUCAUUUGUCGCCGCAAACUAGAAGAUGGCGCCGUAUGGUCAAUGUAUUCUGGAUCACAUUACUGACAGUGUUGUGGGUUGCGCCUAACGCUAUGAUUGCCAUUUUCCUUUCCGACUUGAACAACCUGGGUCUGGUUUGGCCUGCCUUUCAGACCUCUCUCGAGCAGCACCCGACUACAUGGGCAGCCGUGCAAGGUAUUGCAGCGCCUGCAUUGACAUCUUUAAUAUACCUGAUUUUGCCGAUUUUCUUCCGUCGUCUUAUGCGCCGUGCAGGUGAUCUCACCAAAACUUCUCGAGAACAGCACGUCAUUCACCACUUGUACUUUUUCUUCGUUUUCAACAACUUGAUAGUCUUUUCGCUCUUUUCCGCAGCUUGGACUUAUGUUGCAGCCGUCAUCAACGCAAAAAAUAACAAUGAGAGUGCAUGGCAGGCUAUUAAGGACGGUCACUUCUGGUCCAAGGCUCUAUCUGCGUUGUGCCAAGUGUCACCGUUCUGGGUGACUUGGCUGUUGCAACGCAAUCUAGGUGCUGCUUUGGACUUGGUGCAGUUAUUUACGAUUGUAUGGCAAUGGUUUAUGAAGACGUUCAUGGCGCCGACUCCGCGUCAAAGUAUUGAAUGGACCGCUCCUCCUCCUUUUGACUAUGCCAGUUACUACAAUUAUUAUCUUUUCUACGCAACUGUCGCCUUUUGCUUUGCAACGCUGCAACCCAUCAUUCUUCCAGUUGCCGCGCUUUACUUUGCCAUAGAUUGCUAUUUCAAGAGGUAUUUACUUUUAUACGUCUUUGUCACCAAAAACGAGUCUGGCGGUCUCUUCUGGCGUGUUAUUGUCAACCGAUUACUCUUUGGGUCAUUCCUGUCCAAUAUUGUGAUUGCAUUGGUCGCCAAGGCAAAAGGUACAUGGACAAUGGUUUACUGCUUAGCCCCUUUGCCGUUCAUUCUGCUCGGGUUCAAGUGGUAUUGCUCAAAGAGCUUCGACGAGAAUAUGAUCUACUACAACAAGGCAGUCUUAAACGAUGCCGAAGCUCUAGGUGUCUCGAUGGGCAAAGGUCCCAAGCGAGCUGGUGAUCGCCUGUACUCUCGAUUCGGCCAUCCAGCUCUUUUCAAACCGCUGAUCACGCCAAUGGUCCAUGCGCGGGCCGCAGAGACAUUGAAACAAGUCUAUCGGGGUAGACUGGGCAAUUUUGAUCCUUCUGCAGAGUACUCUGAUAUCGCCAUGCAGUCCAUGUCUAAUUCGACUCCUGGGAAGCCUACAGAGUCUGCCCCCUUCGAAGUCGUGGCUGAAAGCCAACUUGAUUUCUCAUACUUCAAGAACCGCGCUGAUUUCAGGAAUGAGUUUGGCGGUGGUAUUUACGGACGACCGGAGGAUCUCAUUUCUGAGCGAUCCCAAACCCCGCGCACGUUCAUGGGUGACUCACCGGGAUCAUCACGAGCAUCCUCCCCCGUAUCAGCCCUGAACCGCAAACAACCCGAAGGUUACGAUUUAGGUCUUCAACGACCCCUGGAGAGACCGCUGGAUAGCGAUCACCCUGCCUUCCGAACACCAAUGUCUCGCAUCGCCAGCAACGGCAGUGAUCCCAACGGACCAACAUCAUUGUAUCGACACUCAAACGAGAGUGAGUCCCGACUACUCCAUAAUGCGCAACUCCCGGCUGUUGGGGGAGAGGAUACGAUCCACACUAUGGAUCGAUGGCGGACGAGGGGUUAUGGCCCUGUAGCUCAAGAUGAGAAUAAUCCAACAUCGUAUGAUUAUUUUCGCGGGAAACGAUGAGAUGAUAUUUUUUUUUACUUUCUUCAUGUAUGCCAUUAUUCAGCGUGUAGAGGAGGCGUUUUUGAUUUACGCAUUCAGCUCAUACAUACAAACUAUUGCAAUGUACAGUACUAACCAUGUACGGUCGGACAUUGGAAUAUCAACAAUCAAGCUAUAACGUAUACCC